AUGAAGAUAAUAUACAUUCUGAUGCAUCGAUUUCUUCUUUAAUGUCUACGGGGAAAAUAAAUUUAUCAAGAAAACAAUUUUCAAAAAAAGCCCAGUCUUGUGAAAAACUGAAUUUUGCAACUGAAAAAAGACUUGUUGAUAGUAAUGAUAAUGCUGUAACAGUUACUAAAUCCGAUUUAGAAUCACUCAAAAGAAGUAUAGAAUAUCGUAUCAAGGAAGAAGCAAAAAUAACACGAGCAUUAUUUGAAUUUGUGAAUAUUGUAACUAAUUCAUUUUUAAUUUGUAUUGUUAAUUUUCAGAAAUGUUUUAUCGUUCUCAAUAUGAAAACCAACUCAAAAAUAAGUGAGAACUUAACAGUAGUUAUUCCUAAAAUAAUCUGUAAAGAGUUUCAACUAAUGUACAGUGCGUUCGGAAGGGAAACCAAUGGCCAAAAAAAACUAAAUUUUUCUUCUACCAUCACUUAUAAAUACUUACUAGAAGCACUUAUUACUAAACAUGAAGAUGUAAAAGCAAAAGAGAUUUCGAGCAUUUUAAGCCGUUGGUUUUCGGGGGCCAAGGACCGUGAAGGAGGGAAGAAACUGAGAAUGAAGAAUGAUUCAAAAAUAAUAAAUUAA